UUAGGACCUGAAGCAUCACUUUGUAAUUCACAGGCCACGUCGACCAGAAUAGUGGGAGGAAUUUGGUGGUUCUUUACGCUAAUCAUAAUCUCGUCGUACACAGCCAACCUGGCCGCCUUCCUCACAGUGGAGAGGAUGAUCACGCCCAUUGAGAAUGCCGAGGAUCUGGCGGGGCAGACUGACAUCUCCUACGGAACUCUCGAUAGUGGUUCUACCAUGACUUUUUUCAGGGACUCAAUGAUAGAAACUUAUAAAAAGAUGUGGCGGUUUAUGGAAAAUAAGAAGCCCUCUGUAUUCGUUCCAACUUAUGAGGAGGGCAUAAGAAGAGUUCUUGAAGGGAAUUAUGCAUUUCUAAUGGAAUCCACCAUGCUCGACUACAUUGUUCAGAGAGAUUGCAAUCUCACACAGAUCGGAGGACUCUUGGAUUCGAAAGGCUAUGGCAUAGCAACACCAAUGGGAUCACCAUGGAGAGACAUCUCAUUAGCAAUUCUAGAGCUGCGAAAAGGUGAAAUUCAAAUGCUUUAUGACAAAUGGUGGAAGAAUCCUGGAGACACAUGCACAAGGAAUGAAAAAGGAAAGUCGAAAGCAAACGCACUUGGUGUUGAUAACAUCGGUGGUGUUUUUGUUGUUCUUCUAUGCGGUCUGGCAAUAGCAGUGAUUGUGGCUAUCUUCGAAUUCUGCUACAACUCAAAGAAAAUAACCAAGCUUGAGAGAGUAAGAAUAGUUUUUUAA